UCCAGUGGGAGAUAUAGGGUUACUUCCUUGGGUAACACACUCUGCUGUACAGAGUCAGGGGAACAUCAUCUGCAGAGGCUGGGGAUGUGCACGUAGUAAACACAAACUCUGGAGGCAGGCACUGAAAGAGGAUGAGGAGAUGGGCCGGAAGUCUUGAGUUCAUGUGUAUGGAGCAGGCUAUUGCUGAGUGUCUGAAAGAUGUCUACUUGCCCAACUGUUGCCCAGAGUCCUGGGGGAUGAUCUGCGCUCACUAGCAUGCCUGGAUGGUUCAAAAAGGCGUGGUACGGGCUGGCGUCUCUACUCAGCUUCUCUUCCUUCCUCCUGAUCAUCGUCGCCUUGGCUGUGCCCCACUGGUUGAGUGGGAAGAUCCUGUGUCAAACCGGAGUGGAUUUGGUCAAUGCCUCAGACCCAGAACUGGUCAAAUUCAUCGGGGACAUUUACUAUGGGCUCUUCCGAGGUUGUAAAAUACGGCAGUGUGGGCUCGGAGGCCGCCAGUCCCAAUUUACAAUCUUCCCACAUCUGGUGAAGGAGCUCAAUGCAAGCCUCCAUGUCACGAUUCUGCUACUCCUCUUCUUGGCCUUGGCCCUGGCUCUGGUCAGCAUGGGCUUUGCUAUUCUCAACAUCAUUCAGGUCCCCUACAGAGCAGUCAAUGGUCCUGGUGGCAUCUGUCUUUGGAAUGUCCUGGCAGGUGGAGUCGUGGCGCUAGCCAUCGUCAGCUUCAUGGCUGCGGUGAAAUUUCACGACCUGACAGAAAGAAUUGCCAACUUCCAGGAGAGGCUCUUUCAGUUUGUCGUGGUGGAAGAACAGUAUGAAGAGUCAUUUUGGAUAUGCGUGGCCAGCGCCUCGGCCCACGCGGCAAAUUUGGUUGUGGUGGCAAUCAGUCAAAUUCCUCUCCCGGAAAUCAAGACUAAAAUGGAAGAGGCCACAGUUACUCCCGAGGACAUCUUAUACUGAUAACCGACUCCGGCGCACACCUUGCUCUUAAUUAGUCUGUGACAUCAACGGGGGCCUCAUUUUUUCCAGCUUUCUUGAUCCACAAUGUCCCUGUUCUUAGUAGUAACAAGAAGGCUGUGGCGGAACUAAAGGGGGGCUGGGUCAGAAAGGAGAAACUCCCAAAAGACCAGGGUGUUUCUUGUUGAUGACAUUUGAGCUGAACUGGAGACUGCACUCAUCAGCUGUGUCUGACACUGGACAAUUUACUUAUUGAUUGAUUCUCAGUUCCCUCAUCUGUCAAAAGCGGGUAAUAAUAACUUUGCAGGCUUUGUUGUGAGGUCCCAAUGGUGCUGUUGGGGAUGCUGCAAGCAUGGUUCUCUGCAAACAAGGUCACAUAUACUCCAAUAAGACUCGGUAGAGCUUGUUCUCUAUAGUAUUGGAGCUGUACAAAGAAACUAUGAUCAUGUCCUUAUCCUCAAGAAGUAAUAACAUAUCCACAUGACAGACAAUUGGCAACAAUAACACCAGGAAUGAGAGUAACUGUGGGAUUCUGAGUGGCCACUAUGUUCUGGGCACUAGCUUAUUUGCUUGGUUACUUGGCUCCUUUUUUUCUUUUUUCUUUCUUUUUCCUGGUGGUGCCAAUCAAUCCAGGCUUUGCCUGUACUAGGCAGGUACUGUACAACUGAGCAACAGCUCAG